AUGGGAAGUCAGGAACAGAGCUUCAAACAGUUUCAGUUCAACGGGUUCAACAUGAUGUUUCCGGACCACUCUCGCCCGUUCAAUACGACGUACAAAUGUUACUCCGUCUCAAUGCUGCCAGGCAAUGAGCGGCAGGAUGUGGAAAAUGGCGGCAAGAUCAUUAUGCCCCCGUCAGCAUUGGACCAGCUGACGAGAUUGAACGUAGUCUACCCGAUGCUGUUCAAGAUUACGAACGGUUCGAUCAAUCGUAGUACGCACGCGGGUGUGCUUGAGUUUGUGGCGGAUGAAGGCAAAAUCUACAUGCCCUACUGGAUGAUGCACAAUCUCGCCCUGGACCAGGGCGAUAUAGUGGAGAUCGAGAGCGUUUCCAUCCCGGUGGCAACGUAUUCCAAGUUCCAACCGCAAAGCGUCGAGUUUCUGGACAUUACCAAUCCGAAGGCUGUGCUGGAAAAUUGUUUGCGAAAUUUUGCCUGCCUAACGACGGGCGAUCUGAUUGCAAUUAAGUAUAACAAUACUUCGUACGAGCUGUCGGUGCUGGAGACAAAACCCGGCCCAGCCGUAACGAUCAUCGAAUGUGAUAUGAAUGUAGAGUUUGCUCCACCGGUUGGCUACACGGAGCCGCAACGAAGGGAAAAGGAGGAAGAACCGAUGACGAUCGAUCCGACGGAGCUGAUGCCGGAACCGACUGGAUUCGUCGCGUUCAAAGGCGAUGGUACGAGGUUAGAUGGGAAGAAGAAGAAAGACAACGGAACGAAUGAUACUGCACCGGUACAGCGGCAGGCUUAUGUACGAGGCAUCCCCGAUUACGAUCAUCCGUAUGGAUUACUAAGGUUCGAUCGAAGCGUAAGAAGGGCGGAUCAAAUCGAGUCCAAAUCGGAAGAUAGCAAAUUCCAAGAGUUUCAGGGCGAGGGUCACAGCUUGAAGAAGGAUCGAAAAUAG